ACUUCGACAGACUGGACGCAUCAUCUCACGCUCCGGGAAUGGGAUCUUUACUGGGUUCAAAGAAAAUCUUCGAGUUCUUUCGAAUUUACGCUUUGCAGAGGCUACUUUUCAAACUGCAGGGAUAGUUGUUACUGCAGGUGCAGGGUGAUAGCAACAAGAGCCACUGGCCAGUGACGUCCAAGACGCACAAGAAGUUGUCAGGGAGUUUCGGAAACUAGAAAUCACUUUAACACCACGAAGUCUGAAUUUGACGAUUAGUAGGUUCUAGUAAUUUCGGACUACAGAUACUUCAACCAAAAGCGUGCGUAAAACAUUUCUGCGUAAAGUUGGAGCUGUUGCGCACGGUUCGAAGUUAGUUUGAGUGGGGCAGCUAAUGCAAGAAAGUAUAGGCAACAUCUGCGUUAAGUUUAAAAUCUGUGAGAAGUGUUAAAACCUUGACAGCCAUGGCAAAAUGGUUCAGAGAUUUCCCCAUCAACCUGAAGAACGGAAAUGAAAGGGUCCGCUCGGCCUCUGAGUCUGGUCCACAGACACGAUCCAAGCCCUCGUUUUCUCGUGACAGUCUGAAAGGAAAUCAGCGCAAAGAUGGGGGAGUUGGGGGUUUAUUGGCAGGGAGAAAUAGGAAAAAUUCCGCGACAGAACUGGGUCGUAACAACGCUAGUUCUGGUGGGACAGUCUGGGAUAGUCUCAUACAAGGAAAGGGUCGCAAGAACUCCAAACUCGAGACUGGGGCAUCAGAUGAGAACCGCCAGGUCAGGACUUCUAGUUUGGCGCAAGCCUACAUUAGCAGGAUGAUCAAAGUUGACAAACAAGACAAAACCCCCAAACUCAACGGGAUAAGUGAACAGAAGCAGCCGGAGAACGAAAAGGAAAGACCUGACAUUAAAACAACGCUGAUUAUCCUGGAGGACUAUGCAGAUCCUUUUGAUGCAGAGAAAACCAAGGGGCAGAGGGAGGCUGAGAGAGCAGGAGUGAAUGAUGGGUACAUGGAGCCCUAUGAUGCCCAGGUCAUCAUCACAGAGGUUCGUAGACGCGGCUCCAAAGACCUCCUGAAAGUGUGUGUUCUGCUGGACCGAGGCAAGAGAGAGGGGAAGGGAGAAGAGGGAAAGCCCACGCCCCCAAACAUCUACGACACACCGUAUGAGGGUGGACUGGAAGGCGACAGUGGGGGAGUGUGGAUCCCUGUCACACGGCCAGAGUCCGAUGUCCGUCCUGCUGGAGAGUACGAACUGCCCUGGGAGUGGAGAAAGGAGGACAUUGUUAGAGCACUGUCAGCUCAGUUCGAGGCAGUGGAUUGUUCUCCCACUAAAGAGAAUGGUUCAACCUCCGCCCGCCAGCCGCAGCAGCAGCAGCAGCAACAGCAGCAGCAGCAGCAGCAGCAGCAGCAGCAGCAACACACCCUGAGGCAGAAGAACUGGAACCAUAAAAUACUUGUUCCAUCUUCUUCAUCCUCCUCCUCUUCUCCCUCCUUCCCCUCCUCUCCUAUUCUCAAACUCUCCCCUCUCACGCCCCCAUCUCCCUCUUUCUCCACCCUCAAACUCUCACCCCUCUCACCCUCUUCUAAUCCAAACAAACUUUCCCCUCCGUCUCCUACCUCCCUCAGUGCCCCGCUGGAUGGGGAGGCAGCCAAAGUGGACGCCAGCCUGCCACUGGAGAAGCAGAGCUGGUACCAUGGCAGUGUGAGUCGGCAACAGGCUGAGGCUCAGCUGCAGCGCUGCAGGGAAGCCAGCUUUCUGGUGAGGGACAGCGAAUCAGGAACCAGCAAAUACUCCAUCGCUUUGAAGACCAGUCAGAGUUGUGUGCACAUCAUCGUGGCCCAGACAAAGAGCGUUAAGGGUUUGGGCUUCACACUGGAUCAGAGUAGCUGCGUCUUCUCCAGCAUCCCUGAGCUGGUCCACCGCUACUGCACACACAGGCUGCCUUUCACUGGAGCAGAGCACAUGACCCUGCAGCAUCCUGUGCCCAGGCCACACUGAAGAUGCGUAGUGGAAGACAAACAAAACACACUGGGACAUAAAUACACAUGCGCAGACACAAGCACACAGACACACACAUUAACUUGUUUAUACAUGAGUACACACUCUCACACUGAAAGAUAUGCUGCUUUGGAUCGUCCCGUGUACUACCUUAAUACGUUUAUAUGUUUGUAUCUCUUCCAUGCGCUGCCUAGUGGUCAAAGUCAUACAUUACAAUAACCAUUGAUCACAUUGUUAUAGUGGCAAUUGUUUCCAAUGUAAAAGCCCCACUGAAUGGAUUUAUAGGUACAGGAAAACCAGCCCUUCUUCUACAACCUGGUGUAUUUCUGUAGUUCUAUAAAAACAAUGCACAUGAGCCCUGCACUACACUGUAACCAAUCGGAUAUUUGAAGUAAACAUAUCUUUCACAGAGGUGCUGACGUCAUCAAUUAGUGACAUGCCAUCCAGUUAGGCUUGGUCUGUGAGGUCAAUACACCUGAUUGGAGUAUAUUCAUUCAUCCAUCUGACACGUCAAUCAGGCUAUUGAUCUAUCCUGAAAAUCUGUGAAGAGACAGAGCUUCAUUGAUUCGACAUUUAGAACUAGUGCAGUGGGAAGGGUCCUAUAACAUUAAAUCAAAUCAAAUCAAAUCAAAUUUAUUUGUAUAGCCCAAUAUCACAAAUUAUACAUUUGUCUCAGUGCAGUUACAGUACCCAGUCAGCAAAAUUGUUUGUGCAAAGUGUGCAAAAUAAAUAUGUGAAUAUCAUGUCCAUUUACGUGCCUUCACUGUAAUCUAAAUGUAAGCUACCUUACUUUAUUGUGAAUGAACUGAAAACCUUACCAUAAAAUGUAUGCAUAAAUGAUGUAUGUGUGAAGUGAUUGUUAAAGUUGUUUUACAUCAACCGCACAAUGAUGUGGGCUGUAUAUUAUUGUUGUAAGACUUUUAUUCAGUAAAUAAAAUUAAAAAACUCAUA